AUGAGGCAAUUUUCUGCCUUCAGGUUCCUCACACCACUACCUGCCAAUCUCGUGAAGCUUUAUCAGGACGGUGUUAUCCGCAGCGCACAGGAUGGCGAUGUGGCUGCCAUUUUUGGUGUAGGGUUCCCCCCAUUCACCGGAGGACCGAAGUUCCGGUAUGUCGAUCGCAUCGGAGUGAGCAAGUACGUCGACGAGCUCAACAGGCUUGCGGACAAGCAUGGUGCUCGCUUCAGUCCGGCUCCGCUGCUUGUGGACAUGGCAAAGCAGGGGAAGAAGUUCCACCAGUAA